AUGUCGAAGAAGGAAAUCGAUGUCUUCGACUUUUAUACUACCCCUCAUGCCGACUUUCGCCGGUACCGUCCCAUUCGGCGACAUGCAAAGCCAUAUUUCGAGCCAGCACUGGCACACACCAAUCGGCAGAUCCAAUCAGAAUGCCGCUCCAUGUUCUACGCAGAGAACGUCUUCCUGAUUGCUCGUUUCUGCCACAAUGACGGCAGAUUCCCGGGUGCCUGGGCCCACUGGACCAGAUUUCUUGGGCCUGACAUCAAACAUCUGGUCAAUGUACACCUCGAAACAACGACUCAACAAAGCAUAUUCAGGCAGGACGGCACCAUCCGUCGCAACUAUCACUUUUGGGCGAAGAUCAGGCCUGAAGGUGGUGUGAGUCUCAAGUUCUACACUCGUGCGGCUGACAAAAAGCUCGACACGGGCAAAGUGUUUGUAUGCCUCUGUCUCCUCAAGAAGAAGGCAGUGUCCGGAAGAUGGAAGCGAGAACGAUCGACUGGGAGGUUACUGCUAGAGCUUGUCGAGGAAGUCCAAUACGAAUGCAUUGGCAAACGUUCCUUCGUCGACUGCAAGACGUGUGGCCUGGAAUGCUACUACACGGGCUAA